CAGUAAGAUACAACUCACUCAAAAUGAAAUUCGUAGUGCUUUCCCUCCUCGUCGCCGUGGCCUGUGCCGACCGGCUGUACGAUGCCCCAGCGGCUCGUGCUGCCUCCGACGAGAUCGCCAUCUUGAGGGACGACCGCGUGAUCGAGGACGACGGAAGGUACAACUUCGACAUGGAGACUGCCAACGGAAUCGUCAUGUCUGAGUCUGGCUCUCCUACAGGAGAAGAGGGAGCCAUCAACAGUGCCGGAUCCUUCUCAUACACCGCUCCUGACGGUACUGACAUCCACCUUCAGUACGUAGCUGACGAGAACGGCUUCCAGCCACAAGGUGACCACCUGCCCGUGGCCCCCGAGUUCCCCCACCCGAUCCCUCAGUUCGUCCUCGACCAGAUCGCCUUCGCUGCUGAGGAGGACGCUCGCAAUGCCCGUGGAGAAGUCUCCCGCUCCUAUGGUGCUCCUCUUGAUGACUAAACUGUGUUAGUCGAAUAACUCUCCACCGCUGAUUUACUAUUUAUAUUUACAUUAUAUACUGAUAUUAUAUCAUCUGCUGAUGCAGACUAUCUCCUAUUUAUUGUUGCACAAAUAAAUCUCAUACCAAA